AUGGAUACAUUCUUCCAACAAAUAUCACCUCUGUUGCCAGGUGAUCAACAAUUGUUGGCAUCAUUGUACCAGAAGUUACAACAUCAACAACAACAGAAUCAACAACAGCAACAGUUAAUACAACAACAACAACAACAGUUGCAACAACAACAACAACAUCAACAACUUCAAUUGUCCAAUCCAAACAGUCAGAUGCCAACCAUUCUUGGAAUGCCCACCCAAUCACUACCCGCACAAUACCAACCACAGCCACUACCGCAACAACAACAGCAACAACAGCAACAACAGCAACAGCAGCAACAGCAACAAUUACAACAACAAUUACAACAACAGCUUAAUGCUCCACAACAUUAUCAUCAACAUAUCUUCCAACAGAUCCAACAACAGUUGCAACAUCUUCCAUUGCAGACGCCAGUGACCUUGACACCAUCACCAACUCCAAAUACAAUGACACCAACUCCAACACCAUCACGGUCUCCUCAGCAGUCCACGACUCCACUGCACCUAUCACACUCGUCUACACCAACGCCACAAAUCUAUCUAUCCGCCUCGUCAUCAUUCAAUGGCCAGUCGUCUCCAGCUCCCACACUUCCACACUCAUCGCCAGGACUGCAUCCACUGUCCUCCCCACUGUUACAUUCAUCCACCUCCUCUCAGCUGCUGUCUCAGCCACUACAACAAUCACAACAAACAUUGACGAUUCCAAAGCUCCAGCUUCGACCGCCCUCGCCCGGCUCAGUCUCCCCUCUCGCAACGCCUACUGCCGCAGGGACCACUCAGCAGACAAUCAGUGCUCCAUCAUCGACAAAUGGAUCACCAGAGAGACCGACCAAGUCCAGCAAGUCAAAGGAGCCAAAGGAACCAAAGGAGUCGAAGGAGUCCAGAGAGGCAAGGGAGGCCAGAGAGGCAAAGGAGGACAUGGACGACAGUGAUAGUGACUCGGAUCGCGAGCGUGAGAAGAAGAACAAGAAUAGAGCCAGUCAGAACCUUGCCAGCAGGAACUACCGAUUGAGGAAGAAGGAGUACAUGCGCGAGAUUGAGGACAAGCUUGCCAUGUUGGCCUUAGAGCACGACCAACUCAAGAAGGAGAACCUCACACUCAAGAAGGGAGGCAUCGUGGAGAUCAUGAAGCCCGACCCCGCCUUCCUGACUAUGUUGAUGGAGGACAAGCAGAUCGUCAUCCAACUCGACCUGGCCAUCAAGAAGAAUGAUGAGAAGGCCCUGGUGUAUCUUCUUCAAGUGUUCCAUCUGUCGAUGGACAAGCGCCACGCACUCAUUGAGCGUGAGAUCGAGAAGAUGGUGCACCCCUACACACAGGCCAAGCUGGCCGUGCUUGGCUACGUGCCCGGCCUCGAGAACCCGAUGAUCUCAUUUGUCAGCAGUCCUGCAUCCGACUCGUGGUGGUCCCAGUUCAUCAUUGACGCGCAGAUCAACGAUCAGCAGUCUGCCGCUAUCCGCCAACUUCGAACAUCUCACUGGCAGGCGGACAUUGAGCUGCGGGGGGAGCGUGAGCGUCUGGACAAGAUGGUCAAGGAGUUUUACCUCAGCAAGGUGGUCGUGGCGCCUACCAAGGAUCGUAUUCUCAAGAUGGCCGCCACCAACAGCAAUCCAGGUGGCUACGAAACCAUCAACGGUAUGAGCAUCAAGCAAUUCGAUGAUGCCGAGGCGUUGAUGUCCAAGGUGGACAUCUCAGAGAUACUGGAGUUCACUCGCAAGCUUGAGCAGCUCAAGAGGAACUUCAUCAAGCAGAGGACACUCCUCGAGGACACUCUGGUGGCAUUCUCCGACAUCCUAUCACCGCGACAAGAGGCCAUCCUUCUGAUUCGUGUCCUGGCAUGCUCAGUCCGUCUCUGUCAGUAUGGCAACGAUCAACAGUUUAUCACCAACAUCUGGGGCAACAUUGUCAACAAGGAGAACUAUGCUCCCCCAACUCCACAGUUCCCCCCUCAACUAUAUUAUAACAAGUUUCAACAACAACUGUCACAACAACAGUUUCCACAAACAACAACAAUGAUGAUGCAACAACAGCAAAUGUCAAUCAAUCAACAACAACUUCAACAACAACUUCAACAGCAGCAACAACAACAACAACAACAACAGACAAACAUGCUACCGAUGAUGCACCAUCAAUUCACAACUACUACCAUGUCAUAG